UAUAAUUUGCGAAUAACAUAUUAACAAGUAUAAUUGAACAUGGGCUACAACAUGGGGGUAUAUCUACAUUGGCUAUGUCAUAGGGGGAGGGGUCAAGGAGGCAUUUUCCCUCCCCCUCUAUCAGAAUUUGUAGUAAGGACGAUUUUUUUUUAUAAAAAAUGUCGAUGAACCCUAAACAAUCGAAUCAAAUUUUAAAAUUCACACACAUGUUUCCAAUUAAAGAUUUAUGUGUUGACGCUCCUAUUUCCUGGAACGAGGCGACUUUAUUUAAUAAGACAAGUUUACCUAAAGAUGCUGAUUGUAAGGCUUUUCGAGCUACUAAUUCUGGUACUCAGCCUCAUAGCAAUGCAAAAGUUGGAAUUAUGUGGAUUUUUGAUAAUGACUUUAACGAACAAAAAAGAUCUGAGGAUAAUAAAUUAUUAACAAAGCGAAUUGGUACUGAAUAUGAUGUUAAGAAGCUAAAAAAACUAGCUUUAUUGGUAAAUUAUGAUGUUGAAAUUCAUAAAAACAAAAAUAAACUUGAAACACUAGAUAUUUUGCAAAAAAAUGAUUGUAAAAAUCUGCUAACGGUUAAUAGUUUUGUGUGUUUUUUUUUAUCACAUGGCUUUAAUGGUGGUGUUUAUGCAAGUGAUGGAGAAAAAUUAACAUUUAAUGAUAUGCAAACUGCCAUCAAUAAAAAUCCUGUUAAUGGGCUGAAGGAUAUACAAAAAGUUUUAUUUAUUCAAGCCUGUCAGGGUGAUGGUGAUGAAAAAGAAGUUUUACAUAAUGAAAUAAGUUUGGCUGAAAAUGCGGAUUAUGGUAUUUUUGUAGUUCAUAAUCCAGAUCCUGUGUCUUGCCAUCAAAUCAAUGGUGGUUUAUCGUAUAUUCAAACAUUUUGUAAAGUAUUAAAAGAACAUGCUGCAACUAAUUCAAUUUUAGACAUGUUACUUAUUACUAGCUCUGAGACACAAAUUUUAACAACAGCAUUCAUGACUUUGACAAAGUCAUUUCAGUUUAAGCCAAAAGGAAGAUUAAAUGAACGUGUUUUAGAGUCAACAGAUUGUUCAAUCAGUCAAUCUGAUUCCAGAGAUGUUUGUACAGAUAGUUUGUCAUUUAAAGAGUCUCUAAAAAUUAAUGAUUCUGAUAAUAUACAUACGAUUCUAAAUAAUAUUCCAAUUGUUGCUGAAUCUAACACAAAGUGUGCCAAUUACAAAGCAGAAAUGGCGAUGAAUCCAAAACAAUCAAAUCAAAUUUCAAAGUAUGCCCAUGUGUUUCCACAAAAUGAUUUAUGUAUUGACGAUUCUAUUUCUGUUGCCCAGAGAGAUACAACUUCAAUUAUUCUUACAAGUUUAGCUAAUGAUUUAGAUUGUUGCCCUUCUGAUGCUGAAAUGUCGAUGAACCCUAAACAAUCGAAUCAAAUUUCAAAGUUCAAACACAUGUUUCCAAGUAAAGAUUUAUGUGUUGACGCUCCUAUUUCUGCUGCCCAGAGUAAAACAACUUCACUUAAUCAUAGAAGUUUACCUAAAGAUGCUAAUUAUUGCACUUCUGGUGCUACUAUUUCAGGUAUUCAGCUUUAUAACAAUACGAAUCCAGGAAUCUGUCAUAUAAUCUAUUCUUCUGAUAAGUUUUUGAAUAUUGUUUUUGAGCUGGAGAAUGUUUUUGAAUGGCUGAAUUGUAAAGUGUAUAAACAUGAAAUUAAAGAUGGACAUAACAUAUUAGAUAUUAUUAAAAAUCUUCCUAUAAUUCAAGAAAAUGUUAGUUAUCUUGUGUGUUUUUUUUUUGGCUUCAAAAAAAAAGCAAAUGAUAAAAAGUUAGGAAUUGGUGAUAUUCAAGAUGCUAUAAAUAGCAAUUCCGCUCAAUGGCUAAUUGGUAAACCAAAGUUUUUUUUUUUUGAAAAUUGCCAGGUAGAUGAAAAUGUAACUCUAAAGGAACAGACAAGUUUAGCCGAAAAUGCUGGAUUUUGUUUUAUACUAGCUUCUACUCCAGGUACUGUAUCUAUUCGUCAACCCAAUCACGGUUCAUGGUUCAUUCAAGCAUUAUACAAAAUAUCAAAAAAACACGCAAAAAAUAUGUCACUUUUCGACAUGGUAUCUAUUCUUUUUUCUGAGAUAGCUACGAAAAAGUACGUGAUAUCAAAUAAUGUAGCCAAACAAAUGCCAAUAAUAAUAAUCAACCCUUUAGGUAAAUCUAUUUGUUUUAAUCCGAAGGAAGGUAAAUUGAAUAAGAUUUAGUUUUUGUGAUUCAAUAAUAGACACCAAGUAUGUGACGUAAUCGUCCACGAUUGUGAAGAUAGCUUCUAACAUGAAUUUAAAAAAAAAAAAUUUUAUACACUAUUUUUUACUAUGUAUUCCAGUUGAUUGUAUAUAAUUUAUCGUAUUUUUUUAAUUCAUUUAAUAUAAUCUUAAAUUUUUAAA